UUAUUAUUGCUGCUGGGCUGAGGGGAGCGGCCCCUCUUGUCACUUUAUGUCAAUAAGUGUCAGGCGUACUUCAACGAAAAUUUUCCAGUCUCCAUCCUUCUGUCCAGUUUUCUUCCUAUUUUUUCAAUGUCUAGAAAAAUGACUAGUAAUUUCUUCUAGUUUGCUUCAUUUCUAAUUCUUCCAGUCUGUUUCUUCCAUUUCUGGUCUCCUUUCAGUGUCCAUCUUAUCUGCCAAAUCUCCUUUCUAUAUUUCCAAUGUCUAUUUUAUUUUCUCUUUCCAGACUUUGUUCAGUUUACUUCUUCCAAUUUCUUCUAGUUCUUUUCAUUUCUUCCCAGUCUUUCUACACAGUCUUAUUCUUCUUUUUCCAAUUUCUAUCCAGUCUCUUUCUCCUUUUUUUGGUCUUUUUCCAACCUCCUUGCUCUCUGCCCAAUCCCUUUCCGAUUUACUUUUGAAAUUUAUUUAAAAUGUUAAUGUUUAAACAACAUUUUUUUGAGACCCCCUAUAUAUCAAGCUAAUUUAAACUAUCAUAAAACCUACGUUAAAUUUAAAAUGUAUCUGACUUUUUUUGAGAUUAUAUUAUUUAGAUUCGAAGAGGAAUAUCGUGAAGAUUACUAUUAUCAGAUACCUGAUAACAAAUAUUUUCUUAACCUUUUUCUGUUUUGCAAAGUGCAAAUUAAACAUAGUUUCGUUGUGCAAUUUGCUCAGAUAAAAUGCCGUGCUUUAAAAGUCCAAGUUAUAAUUUAAAUGAAACCGGGGAAAAUAAUCGAAAUGAUGAAACAAAUGGGAGACGUGAAGGGAUUUAUACUGGAACAAAAAUGGUUAAUUUAAGUGAUUUUGAUAAUAUUCAAAAACAUGAAAAAACUGAAGAGGAAAUUAAAAACAUAAAAAAUGCUUUUUCUAAUAAUAACCUCCUAAAAACGGUUUUAUUUGCUCACCACCCGCAAGUUUUAGACACAAUAAUCGAUUCAAUGCAUUCAAAAGAAUUAAACGACCAAGAAAAUUUAUUUUUUGAGCGCGCCGAAGGCAACGAAAUGUUUAUUUCUUCAAAAGGAAUCUACAACGUGAUUCAAAAUGGAAAAAAGAUUGGCAUAUUUAGCGAUCAGAGAGUAAUCGGAGAAUUAGCAAUGUUUUAUAAAUCAAAGCGACCAUUUACUAUAAGAAGCGUUGGGAAAUCUUCCGUUUGGGUUAUCGAUCGAUUUACGUUCCAAACAAUUUUAGUCCAUCAUUCUUCCGGCCAAGAAAACGAGAUGUUAACAUAUUUACAAAAAGUGCCCGAAUUUAACAACCUUUCAAUUGAGAACUUAAUAAAAUUGAUGACACUUUUUGAGAAAGAAAGUAUUCUCCCCGAUACGGUUAUCGUAGACGAAGAAAAUGAAAUAAACAAGUUUUACAUGUUAAAUCAUGGUUGGGCAGUUUCAACGAAAAAUAAACUUGGAAAAAUUCGUGAUUAUCACCGCGGCGAUUUUUUCGGCGAAAAAAGUUUAAUACAAAAAGAAAUUAUUUCGAAUACCAUAACAGCUAAAGAUAACGGAGCUGAAUUUUACACUCUAACAAAAGCAAUUUUCCAAAAAUAUUUUGCAAAUAAUUCCGGUGGGAAUAAAAAUUCAUCUUCUUUAACAUUAGAAAAUUUACCCAUCGAAGAAAACGUUCGAAAUUUAACGCUGAAUGAUUUCGAGAAAGUUGAAACAAUUGGAAAAGGUGGAUUUGGAAAAGUCGAUAUCGUUUUUAACAAAAACAAUAAAAAAGAAUUUUUUGCUUUAAAAUAUAUUAAUAAAGCCGACGUCGUUGAAUUUCAACAAUUCGAAAAUGUUUUUAACGAAAAAAACAUACAACUUAGUCUUAAAAAUAAUUUUAUUGUGCGAAUGUUAAAAACAUUUAAAGACAAAAAAUAUCUUUACUUUUUAUUGGAACCUUGUAUGGGAGGUGAUUUGUAUACGCUACUUCAAAAACAAAAAAAUAAACAAUUUCCGGAAAGUUCAGUAAAAUUUUACACAGCAUGCGUUAUCGAAGCUUUCGAUUAUUUACAUAAAAGAAAUUGCAUUUAUAGAGAUUUAAAACCUGAAAAUUUACUCAUCGAUACAAAAGGUUACGUAAAAUUAACCGACUUUGGUUUUAGCAAGAAAUUAACCAUGUCUAAAACAUUCACUUUCGCCGGAACGCCGGAAUAUUUAGCGCCGGAAAUCAUUUUAAACACAGGCCACGACAAAUCAAUUGAUUUCUGGGCACUCGGAGUUUUAAUUUUCGAAUUAUUAUCCGGAAAAACUCCGUUUGAAACAAACGAUUCGACCCAUUUAAAAACUUACGAGGCGAUUUUAAAAGGUAUUAAAUCGAUUGAUUUCCCAAAACACUUUUCCAUUGAAAGCGUCGAUGUUAUCAAAAAUUUAUGCGCCCAGAAACCCAUCGAAAGAUUAUCUUCACCAGAUGAAAUUAAAACGCAACGAUUUUUCGCCGGAUUUAGUUGGAUUAAUUUACAUAGUGAGAAGAUGAGAGCGCCAUUUGUACCACAAUUAACUCAUAGCUUAGAUGUAAGAAACUUUGAUGUUUGUAAAGAUAGUUAUGUUCCUCCGGAUGAAAAUGGUGAUUGGGCCGAAAACUUUUAAUAUUUAAAAGUUUGUUAUUAUAGUAAAAACUCGAUAUAAUGAACAAAAUAUUUUUAAGUUAUGAUAUUGUUAUUAAAAGGAAAACUAACACUAAAAAUAGAACUAGAAACAAUCGGGUUUAGCCAAAUGUCUCUCAAGACUUCUAAACCCGAAUGAUUCUAGUUCUAGAUAGAGUUUUAGUAGGAGUAACAGUGCUAGCGCGGAAUUAGAACUAACACUAUACCUAGAACUAGAAACAUUCGGGUUUAGCC